GCGAACGUUUCAUCCUUACUGCGGGCCAGUGCGGGGACGUCUGCCUGGGACCUCUGGCGUGGGAAGUAAAGGAAAACGGCACAGAGGAAAAAGGAUAUCUACACCCAGCCUAUCAGAGACCGGAGCAAAGUCCAUCAAAUCCAGCAGAGCGACAAGUCUCCCCGCCAAAAUGCAGUCCAGGCUCCAUGGCAACUUCACUGUACAGAAUUUGAAGUUCAAGACUCGAAGAGUCCCCAAGACUCCCUCCAUCCCGCUCAUUUUACCAAACGACCUGAAGUACAACUCCUCUAGAGGGACAGUGGAGAAAGUCCGCGGCGCACGCCGUACAACCCUGGGUGUGGUACCGGAGGCUCUGGAGCUGUUGGAGGGAAUAAAUGGCCCCGUCAGCGCGCUAUCGAUAUGUGGGCCGUGUCGAACGGGGAAAAGCUAUGUUCUAUCUAGGUUGCUAGGCUCGGCAGACGCCUUUGAGCUGGGGCACCGCUGGGACCCGCAGACGUUCGGCAUCUGGAUGGGCACCAAGGUGCUGAAGGGCGCGGACUUCACUAUCCUGCUGCUGGACACGGAGGGGAUAGACGCAUCAGGGGGAAGCGCAGACCGGGACGCCAGUAUUUUGGUGUUGACCAUCCUGAUGUCUUCUCUCCUCGUCUACAACUCCCUCAACGUGCCGUACAAGGGCGACCUGGAGAAGAUGCAAUGUUUCAUCAAGUUGGCUAAAGGCGUGACCGUGAAGAAAGGCCAGAAGACGCAGAUGUCCGACCUGCGUGAGUUCUUCCCUGACUUCCUGUGGCUCCUGCGGGAUGUGUCACUGAUGAGCACGGACGAGAACGGGCGGGAAAUCAGCCCCACACAGUACCUCAAGACUCGGGUUCUCGCACGAGGUGAUGACUUCGAAGAGACACCUAGCGACAUGGUAGGGCGCGCCAUCCUCACGUCCUUCCCAUCUGUGGAGUGCUUCACCCUGGAGCGUCCUUCCGAGAAUAAACAAAUCAUGAUCAACAUCGCAGACCACACCGACGAGCUGAACCCAGAGUUUAACAAGGGCGUGGAGACUCUCAUCGGCCUCCUGCUGCAGAAGUCCCGGCCCAAGAGGGGAUACUACCGGGGCUCGACUGUCAACGGCGUUGCUCUGAGCCUGAUGGUGAAGCAGUAAGUGGAGGCGGUCAACGACCCGCAGGCCAUUCCCGCCCUGGACAACACCUGGAAGAACACCAUCCAGCUCAUGCGCAGUAGCGCCAUCCAAGAAGCUAUCCAGGAGUACAGAGAAGAGAUGUCGGCUGGAAUCGCCGCUGCUUCUCAAGAUGAAUCCGUACCAAUUGUACUGGAUGAAGACAUUGAAAAUGAAAGCGAAGAGGCCUUGUCACUGAUGGUAAUACACAACAAGGCAUUCAACAAAGUCACAUCCUCGCUACUGGAUAAGAUAGGACAUUUGGGCAUCGGUUCUGGUGACCAGGGUGAGGAGAGCGAAGCAGUAGUUCGGGAAAUGCAGGAUCGACUUGUUCACAGGGAAGAACGAACGAUUGAGUACGUGGACGAUGAGCUUGUGACCCGCCGGGGACAGGGCAUGGUGGUGGUCGGUGGAGAACUGUACGGAAUCCUGCAGGACAAUCGCUGCAGAUCCCGGGCCCACUGUACGGACAUCUUCAACAUGUUGUUUGAGCCAGUCCAGAAGAAAAUCGAGUCUCCGCCUCCAGGGUACGACUUUAGGGGCGUCUUGGCUGAGUUGCAGAGGAUCCCACAGCAGUACGACCGGUGGGCGCGAGGGCCCGAGAAGUGGGCAGUCCUGCAAGAGAUGACCAAGAACUUGGACUCUCUCCGGGCCAACAUUAAGAAAAUGAGAGGAUACCAAGAAAAGCUGCUGUUGGAGCAGCAGAGGGCUCACCAAGCAGAGCUGGAAGCUGAGAGGAAGAACCGAGAGGCCAGACGUCUGUACAACCAGCAGCAGGACAUGCAGCCUCACAAGGAGACUCUGGAGAAGAUGAACCAACUUCACAAGUGGCAGAUGGCAAAGGUGAAAAUGGAAGGAGAGGUGCGGCGUUGGGGAGAAGAACAGAAGUUCGAGGAUUUCAGAAAUGCACAGAUGGACGAGAUGGCAAAACUAACCAGGGAGUUGCAGGAGAGACAUGACAGGGAGGUGCAACAGUUGAAGUCCCGGAUGCAGAGACAGCAGGAUGAUAUGAACAGGCAACUGCGGGAACUUAACGACAGGCUCAAUCGGCCACCACCCCCGCCUCCCCGGCGUCAUCGUAAAGGUGGCUGCGCCAUCAUGUAGAUACUCGUAACAACGCAGGCAAUAAAACUAUUGUCAUGGCGACAAUUGGAGUUUAGUUUAUGUGGUGUU